GCACAAACACAAACAACGUCAUGGGCUCUUGCGGAGAACUUCCUGUCUUUGUUUGGGUUAAGCCUUCCCAAUUCAGCUCGUUGAAUCUACUCUACUACCCCAAUCUAGGCAUGGGCUUCACCUGAACUUUGGUCCACACACGUGUAGGUUGGUGAAUAUACACACGUGAUGGGUGCUCUUGGAAAUGAUGAAAAUUCACCUCUAGCCCUGGCCAAUGGCUUCUUUCAGCCGAAACUUCCCUCUUCCCUCAUCCCGGACGAAGGGUCCCGCCUGGAGGUAUCUUUCUCUGUUCGCCAAGCUCCUUCUUUUCACCUACGACAGACAAGAAAAGAUUCUCCCUCUCCCAUCUCAACCACAUGAACAAAUCAAACCCCGAUAAUCAUAUCACAAACACACUCUACGCAGCCCUCACUCCCACGAUGUGGCACAAAGCCAUGUUCCUUGUCAUGGCGGUGGCCUUGAUGCUCUUUGCGAGCGUCAAUGUCGUCACUGCUACAGGCUCCAUAGCAGACCUCAACACUGUCGGGGUUUCCACUGAGGACACUUUCAGCAAUGGUCUCUCCAAUCGCAACUUUGCCCUCGGCCCUCACCUUGCUCCCAGGGAGUUUCCUCACGACAACCCUCUCAACAUCACCGAAGAGGAGGCCCUCAAGCAUGGUCACAAGAUCAUUCCCGUCAACAAAGAGAUGUGGGCUCACCUCGUCAAGACCGCCGGCCUCGAUCGCAAGUACGAGCCCCUCGAAUACAACCCUGAACAGCACAACGAAUCCCUCUCCACCAUCGACGAGCGACAACCGAAAUGCGGCACAAAUUACGACCUCGAGAAGGGACCUCCUGACCCUCAGAACUGGUGCACUCCAAGCCCAAUCGUCGGCGACUGCCAGCUCGGUCUCUGGUGCCAGGCCGACUGGCCGGGCUGGGCGCAGUGGCCUAGCCGCGGCUGGGUCUUUAACAACGCCUGCGACCAUAUUGGAGAAAACGUGCCUUUCCAAUGGGGCGACUGGCAGCCGAUCUGCAGUCCCCUUCCCUUCGUCACUCUCUUCUUCGCCCACAAGGACCGAUGGCCUCACAUGGCGUAUGGUGGCAAGUACUACAAUAGCUAUGCUCCCGGAUGGGAAAUUUACUAUCCCGGAGAGCCGGAGGGUGGUCCUUUCCCGGCUAGCUACUACUACCACCGGACGUUUGACUGCUCUAUGAAACCAAAGAAAGGAGGACAGAUCGGUACAGUUAACUAA